CAGUAUUUUCAUUUAAUAUAUUGUUUUUAUAAAAAAGGCAAAAAGACGUCAUGCAGGCAGCCGGCGUAAUUGUUUUAAGGCCUGUUAGGCGUUGUGCACUCUUACCACGGCUUUCGCAGGCAAAUCGUCAGCUUUCCGUAUCUACUGGCGCAACAACAACAGAUGUUCCAGUGGUCACUCCGCUGCCUGCAAAAUCCUCGUUAAAAAUGCGCGCCUGCCAACUACAUUGCUACGGUGACAUUGAUGAGCUACAAUUCACAGAUAAGCUCAAAUUGCCACAGAUCCGCAAUUCGCAUGAAUGUUUGGUGCGGGUACGCGCGACCACAGUGAAUCCCAUUGACUUGGCCAUGUUGCGCGGAUACGGCUCAACGCUGCUAAGUAUGCUGCGCUGUCGACCAGGUGAAGACAUUGAGUUUCCAAUGACGCUAGGACGUGAAUUUUGCGGUGAGCUGGUCCAAAAGGGCAUGGGCGUGGAUAAUGCGGAGCUACAGCUGGGCACACGAGUUUGGGGCGUUGUGCCCGUAUCACAAACGUCUGGUGCCCAUGCUGAUUUUGUUGUUGUGCCUGCCAGUUGUCUAGCUCCAGCGCCAGUUGAGCUGGAUGAUAGCGAAGCGGCAAGUGUGCUGUAUGCAGGGCUAACAGCCUGGUCAGGCUUGUAUCUAACUGGUGGCUUGGGAGGUGUUUGUGGCGCCACCACAACAUCUGGCGGAGGUGCUAAUAAGCGCGUGCUUGUACUGGGCGGCUCUGGCGGUGUUGGCACUUUAGCUAUUCAAAUAUUAAAAUCACAAGGAGUUCAAGUGCUGGCCACUUGCAGUGAAGAUGCUGUGGAAAUGGUGCGCUGCCUGGGCGCUGAUCAUGUUGUAGACUACUCAAAUCCAGUUGCCAUGGAGGAACUUUGUAACUAUGCGCCGUAUGAUAUUGUUCUGGACUGUGCCGGUCAAGGUGGACAGCAUGCAGGCGACCUAAAAUAUGAUUUCCGGCAGUAUAUUACCUUCUCCUCACCGCUGUUGGCCAACAUUGAUAAGCAAGGCUUGGGCCUCGGCGCGCUUAAGAAUGUCUCCGAUUUGUUGCAGACCAAUGUGAAGGCUGCCCAGCGUGGCGGCCUGGUUAAGUGGGGUUACUUUUAUCCAGCUGCUCAUGGCAUUAAGUUUUUGCAGCGUCUCGUGGAGCGACGCAAGCUUAUGCCGCUCAUCGACAGCACUUUUGAAUUUGGCGUCUUGCCUAAGGCUUAUGAGCGCUUGAAGGGUGGACACUUGCGCGGUAAAACCGUUGUAAAGCUUUAAGACUGAAGGCAAUGCUAAUUACUGUUCUUGUUAUUUAAUAA